AUGGUGAAGAAAGUGACGAAGCAGAAAAGUGUGGCACUGAAAAUAGGCAGGUCAAAUGCAGUUGUAGGCGCAUUCAAGGCGCUCUUUAGGGCAAUCUGCAUCGAAUACCUCGAUCCAGUGCAGGUGACCUGUUCGUAUGGAACUGGUAUCGUGAUGUACGUGAUUCUAGUUGUGGUGGCAUAUCCAGUCAGGCUGCUAGGCGUAAUGAUAAACAUCCUGUUCAACAGAAAGGGAAAAGAGCCAUUCUUCCUCCCAAAAGAGACCCUGAUAUCCCAUGGAAUUUGUGUGGCCGCAUACACCAUUACGCUUAUUGUAAGCAUGUUCAUGUUUGGAACAUACUUCAAGUCGAAGAAGUACGACUACUUCUUAUCACUGCUGGUCUCAUCGUGUGUCUACGUCCCACUCAUCAGUCUGGUUCAGUUUCACAAGGCAAUACGAGUCCUGGCAUCCAUGUUGGUCUCAUUCAUCAUGCAAUACUACAUUGGACAGUCUCUCCAGCACUACAUCUACACGCCUAAGGACGACAAGGAGCGACAGCUGACGUUUCUGCUUGUAUUGGCCAUCUCGUUCCUGUUGGCCGUGAUGCUCGUUGCCAUUGUCUGA